GGGCUCGAGGCGGAACUCCACGGAUCGCUUUAAGAAAAUGGCAGACAAGCCAGACAUGGGGGAAAUCGCCAGCUUCGAUAAGGCCAAGCUGAAGAAAACGGAGACGCAGGAGAAGAACACCCUGCCGACCAAAGAGACCAUUGAGCAGGAGAAGCGGAGCGAAAUUUCCUAAGAGCCUAAAGGAUUCCCCACCCCCGUCAUCUUCGAGACACCCUAGUCGUGGAGGAAGAAGAGCCACCUGCAAGAUGGACACGAGCGACAAGCUGCACUGUGAACCCGGGCACUCCGUGCCGACGCCACCGGCCUGUGGGUCUCUGAGGGGACCCCCUCCAAUCGGACUGCCAAAUUCUCCGGUUUGCCCUGGGAUAUUAUAGCAAAUUAUUUGUAUGAUUAAUGAAAAUAAAACACACCUCGUGGCA